ACGGUCACGUGACAGAUGCACAAUUAAACCGCAUCGCCUGCAUUUCCAGUGAGCAGAGCCGCAGGAAACAUCAUCAGACGAGCGAUGGAGCGAGUGGAGAGUCUGGAGAAGAUGAAGCAGAUCUGCAGGAGAAUACAGGACUCUUUCAGAGAGCUGCAGGAAGAUCUGACGCCCUUCAGACCCGAGCGAUGCUACAGGUUGGCCCCCAUGCGUCUCUACUCUCUCUCUAAGACACAGUUUGUUCUGGUGUUCGUGGUCUUCUUCUUCUGCUUCGGUGUCUCUACACUCAUCGGUGUGUCAGGACCCAGGAUCAUUAGUGAGAACUAUUACCACGGUUUGAGUAACAGCAUCAACGGAUCGAAGAGCGGUCCGUUUGACCUCCGAUCUCCACCACUGUCCAACUACAACCAGCAGCUGUGGCUGACCUGCAUCAUCCAGCUGGAGCACAGCACAGAGAUUGCAGAUUUGAGCUGGAAGGAGCUGAGGAUGGAUGUGGAGCUGCAGGGAGUGAUGCAGGACGCCAGCGUGAUGCACAUCAACAACAACAUCCACAACAAGAACCGGAGCCUGCACUGCGCCGCUCAGAAGCAGGCGUGUGAGGAGAUCAUCGUUCUUCAUCUGGGGUAUCUGAACUACACUCAGUACAAGAUCAGCGUCAGCUUCAGGAACCUGCAGGACGACCUGAAGGACCGAAUCAAAAACGUGACUUUUGCAUUUAAGAUGUACAACGCCACGUUCUCUCAGGUGGAGAUCUGGUUCCGCUUCGUGUUCGUGGUGAUGACCUUCAUCGUGACCUGUGUGUUCGCUCACUCCUUACGCAAGUUCUCCAUGAGGGACUGGAGCAUCGAGCAGAAGUGGAUGUCUGUUCUUCUUCCUCUGCUGCUGCUGUACAACGAUCCGUUCUUCCCGCUGUCGUUCCUGGUGAACAGCUGGUUUCCGGGAGCGCUGGACGCGUUCUUCCAGGCUCUGUUCCUGUGUGCGCUGCUGCUCUUCUGGCUGUGUGUGUAUCACAGCAUCCGUGUGCAGGGACAGCGCAGGCUCCUGACCUUCUACUUGCCCAAGCUGCUGGUCGUGGGGCUGCUGUGGCUCUCGGCCGUCACGCUGGGGAUCUGGCAAACGGUGAAUGAGCUGCAGGAUCCCACCUAUCAGUACAAAGUGGACAUCCAGAACUUCCAGGGCAUGAAGGUCUUCUUCCUGCUGCUGGUGGCUGUGUAUGUGCUGUAUCUGCUGUUUCUGGUACUGUGUGCCUGCUCUGAGCUCAAGAACGCACCCUACACAGAUCUGCGGCUGAAGUUCCUGACUGCACUGACGCUUCUGGUGCUGGUGAUCAGUGUGGUUAUCCUGUAUCUGAGGUUCGGCUCCAAGGCUCUGCAGGACAACUUUGUUUCGGAGCUCUCCACUCACUACCAGAACUCAGCUGAGUUCCUGUCCUUCUACGGUCUGCUGAACUUCUAUCUCUACACGCUAGCGUUCGUCUACUCGCCCUCCAGGAGCGCUCUGUACGACUCGCAGCUGAAGGACAAUCCUGCCUUCUCCAUGCUCAACGACUCAGACGAUGAGGUGAUUUACGGGAGUGAUUAUGAGGAGAUGCCUCUUCAGAACGGCCGCGCCAUCAAAGCCAGCGCCAGACACCAGGAUGAGAGCGAGAGCGAUUGAAAGCGGAGCGACUCCGGAUCGCUGGUGUGACACUAACGGUGUGUGAAUACAUCUGAGCUGAUGUGUUUCUAGUCCUGAUCUCAGAUCAGUGCUCAAACACUCCUGGACUCAACUCCAGAUUAAAAGAGCAAAUAUCAUUCAUCUAUAUUUUCAUUUUCAUUUGAGAUAAUUAAGCACAUUUAACCCCGUGAUAGUGAUAAUCGUUAACAUCAGCAUACACUGUUCAUUAACACACACACUACCUUGAUACUUUUAUACACGAGUAUAAACAUAAAAAUGUGUUCAUUUUCAUUUGAAAUUCUUAGUUAGAUUUUUUUUUUUUAAUGCAGUAAUAAUUUAGGGGUAAAUGUGCUCAAUCUUCAAGUAAAUUAAAUUAAGGGUCUCAAAAUAUUUUAUUGUUUUGGUUUUUGAGUGACACGUAUGGUGAAUUUCUAGCCAGUGUUUCUGUGAUUGGCGCCAGUUUUUUCUCUUAUUAAUGACAUUAGAGGAAGCUGCUGAUGUGCAUAUAUUUCUAUUGAUUUCUGGCUGGUUUCAGCGGUUUCUGGAGAUUUCGUGCGUGCGUGUGUGUGUGUGGAUGAGUAUCUGGAGCCUCGUGUUUCUUUGCCUUCACUGGAUGUGGUAGUUUAUCAUUUCAAAAGCCUUCUUUCCUCACAUUCCUGUUUUAAUGUGCCUGUACAUGUUUUUGUGUAUUUCUGAGGAUUAUGUGUGGGUCUGAAUCACUCCCAGGGUCCCGUGGAGGACAGAAGUGUCUGUGAUGUACACAGUUGUGUUGAUUGUGUUUAACGCAGCAGGUUGAUGUCUGAUUGAGUGUGAUGUGACGCUGUGCUUUAUGACACUGUGUGAGGACGGAUCGCUGUGCCUUUCCUUCACUGCUGUGACGUCUGAGCGAAUGUGCAAUAAACUCUUCAGACAUUUUUAA